CAAACCCAUGAGAAGAGCACACUGUGCACUGGGGAACAUAACAGAAGAAGCAAUGAUUUGCCAGGAAAACACUCUUCACUAUUGCAGCUGGGGUUUUGUAGUCGGUGGAUUGCUUUACCUCCUGCGGCAAUUGACCACGCACACGCCGUACGGACGUUAUGUGGACACAAAAUCCCCAGGGGUGAUGGUCCCAGCCAGGGUGGGCUGGUUUAUUCAGGAACUUCCAUCAUUCUUUGUUCCUGUGCUCUUGUUUUUGACAACAGAAAGCUUGCCAGGGAUAGGAAGACAUUUACUGCUCUGGACCUUUUGCUUGCACUACUUUCAAAGGACCUUUGUGUUUUCCUUACUGACCAAAGGCAGGCCGUCUCCUCUCCACAUUGUGUUGAGUGCGGUCAUCUUCUGCUCUGUGAAUGGCUUUCUGCAGGGUCACUACAUGCUCCACUGCACUCAGUACCACACCGAAUGGCACAGAGACACACGCUUCAUAACUGGUGUGUUGAUGUUUUUCUCUGGAAUGGCCAUCAACAUCCACAGCGACUAUAUUUUACGAAACCUGAGGAAACCAGGAGAGCUCAGCUAUAAAAUCCCUAGAGGAGGAAUGUUUGAGUUGGUCUCCGGCGCAAACUUCUUCGGGGAGAUCGUUGAAUGGUGUGGUUACGCUGUGGCCAGCUGGUCCUUUCCUGCGUUCUCCUUCGCUCUGUUCACCGUCUGCUCCAUCGGGCCACGAGCCUACCAUCAUCACAGGUAUUACUUGGAGAAAUUUAAAGAUUACCCCAAAUCAAGAAAGGCUGUGAUCCCUUUUCUGCUGUAACAGUCAGCGGCCAUAAACAUUUUAUAAAGUGGAAAAACGACAAAGUUCUCAUGAAAACAAGUUUAAGCCAUGAUCUAGAUAAGAACCUCAUGUCCUGCUCACACACACAAACAUCACCCAAGGGGACAUUUCUGAAGGUUUGUAUUUAUUAUUUUUAAAUACACCAUUAAAAACCUAUGUUUAUAUCUGUA